AUGAAGGCGGUCAUUAUCCCCAGAGAUACAAAAGUGUAUCGACCAUCAAUCCUACCGAACCACGAUGCUGGUGGCCGUUUGCGGUUUAUAGCCAGCCUAGACACCGCACAGGAUGACCCUAAAUUAGCAAGGCAGGCAUACAGCGGCCGUUUCCUCGACCCAAGGCCUAACAUAUGUCGAACACUGCCGCAGAUUUCGAGUGCCUCACGGCCAGUAUCCGGGACGCCAGAACAUGUGGAGUGUAAUCCAUCGUUCGGUAUAUAUGUUAGAACGCCCGGCACAUCCUGCUUGUUCGCAAGCGCUCUUGACCACGCAGAAAGACUGGAGUGCUUCGUGAUCACGAGGCUGGUAUCCAAGUAUCUCCAAGCCCAUUUCGGAAAGGACCACCACUAUUGGCCUCCCAAUGUCCGGCGCAAAACGCCGCUUUAUCUUAGUACGGAAGAGAAGAAGCUAGUUCUGCUGCACUGGUUCCAUAGAAUCCCAGCUGAGUAUCUGAUGUGGCAAUGCAAACAGCUUGAAAAGCCCCCUGGUAUAUCUCCGCUGACGCCUAUAAAGCAAAGUAUCAUGCCUAACUCCCACAAUUUUCAUUUUAGUUGCAACAUGCAAUCCGUCCAUAUCCACAGUCGAUCAAGGCCAGUCUCGCAUGAUUCCUUGUUGACUCACUGA